CCUUGAGCUGUAUUUCUCUGCUCUGCUGCAGAGUCCGACUGCGCAACUGCAGCGAGAGCGAGAGCCGCAGCGACAGCACAGCUCAGACAAAAUGCCUAUGGAUAAUUUCAUAUUCGCGCAAUGCAUCCUUUAUUUUUUAGCCUUCGUUUUUGGCUUUAUAGCUAUAGUACCUCUAUCGGAGAACACGGAGGAUUUUCGCGGGAAAUGUCUGCUUUUCACGCGGGGGAUGUGGCAGAACGAGAACAUCACGGUGUCUAAGCAGCGCUUCAUCAUUGAGGAAUGGGGACCACAGUCCUCCUGCAGCUUCAUCACCGCCGUCGGCAUCGCGUCGCUCGUCCUGUCCGCCGUACAAGCCUGGAGGCUGCUGUUCUUCAUCUGCAAAGGCCACGAUGACUCAAUCUUCAAUGCCUUCCUGAAUCUGCUCAUCAGCACAUUGGUAGUGUUUGCUGUGUUCCUGUCCAGCACAAUAGUCAGUGUGGGCUUCAAUCUAUGGUGUGAUGCUAUCACAGAAGGAGGCAGUAUGCCCAGCAGCUGUGAAGAUCUUCAGGACACUGAUCUUGAACUAGGGUUGGACAACUCUGCUUUUUAUGACCAGUUUGCCAUAGCACAGUUUGGGUUGUGGGCGGCCUGGCUGACCUGGCUCGGUAUCACCGUCAUGGCCUUUCUGAAGGUCUAUCAUAACUACCGUCAAGAGGAUCUGGUCGACAGCUUGAUCCACGAGAAAGAGUUCCUACUCGGACGCUCGUCACGCCGGUGCUCUGAUGUGGUAGAUGAGAAAAGUGGCAUGAUAUGAUCAACUCAACAUUUUCAACGCAUGGAAAUAGAGUGUCAAGUAAAAUGUGUUCAUAAGCUUCUAAAUUUGGCUCACUAGGUGGUGUUUCUCAACUUUAGAUUGACUGAACCAAAUGCUUCUGAAUAACAUUUUAUUUGACAUUCGACGAUGACUGAGAACAGACAUUCACGUGCACUCAAUUGUUCGGACAGAGGUCAAAGAUCAUUAACUUGCAACAUUUUUUGAUGUUGAGCUUGAAACACAAGACCCUGGACAAAAUAAACAGUUAACAUCAAUAGCUUAAAGGGAUAGUUCAAGAAAAAAAUAUUUUUUUUUACUACUUCAUGUUGUCCCAAACCUGUAAGACUUUCAUUAAUCUUCAAAACACAAAAUGAAAAUAUUUUCAAUGAAACCAGAGAGAUUUCCAUGGAAGCCCUUUUCAACCACAGAAUAAAUAAAUAAAUAAAUAAGUCAUUGCGACAUUUUAUCUCACAAUUCAGACUUUACAGAAUUGCAAGUUUUAAUAUAGCAAUUGCGAGUUUAUAUCUCACAAUUGACUUUAUUUUGCAAAUUUUGAAAUUUUUCUUAGAAUUGUGAAUUCAUAUCUAGAAUUGCGACAUUAUUUCUUGCAGUUCCGAGCUUAUAGGCUUUCUUGCAACUUUGACUUAAUUUCUCGCAAUUCUGAGUUUGUAUCUUGCAUUUCAAACUUUUUAUUAGAAUUGCAAGAUAUAAACGUGCAAUCGCGAGUUUUUGAACAGAAGAUACAAAGUUGCAUUUCGCAAACAUGCAAUUGCGAAAAAAAUUGCACUUGCGUUUUUUCCUCCCAAGCUUAGAUUUCUGUCCCUUCAAUGAAAGUCAUUUUCACAAUAGCUUUAAAAAGUUCAUAACAUUGUAAAUAAUCCAUAUGAAUUGAGCAAUUUAAUCCAUGUCUUCUAAAGAGACAUGGUAACUUCAUAUGUGAAUUAAAGUGUACAUUAAAUCUGCUCAUAUAGGCAUUGAUCAAUGCACAUUACAUAUUGUAAACAUGCUUGAGUCACAUGCAAGAACAAACCUCAUUGGUUCUCGUGCAUCAGGCAAGCAUAUUUGAACUUCUUUUUACACCAUACAAACUUUUUAAAGCAACAGAGUAUUAGCGGAAUGAACUUUCCUUAGAGGGAUGGAAAUUUCUCAGGUUUAUUAAAAAAUACCUUCAUCUGUGUUUCACAAUGACAAAUUUGGAAUGAUACGAGGAUGAGUAAUUUAUGAAAGAAUGUUCAAUUUUGAGCAAACUAUGUCUUUAAGGAAGUGUGCUUAAAUAACGUUCUUCUAAAUCCUGUGUGACAUACAAUCAACGUCUCAUUGCCAAUUACGUUUGUACUCAACCAAAUGAUGCUUUCUUUCUAAAGCCUAUUUAAAGCAGCGCUAGAAAUGAGCAACAGCUCUCUAUUCCAUCAGUGCUCUCUAUACAUUAGCUGAGGAGUUGGACUUAGUGCAUACAUUGUAGCUCAGGUAAUACUAGUUUGUGUGAUCCAUGUUUGGUUUUCUUUACUGAAAGAGCACUCCCUUCUAGUACUGCCUCUAUGUGUAAGACAUAUAUAAUGAUGUUCAUGACUGUGGUAGUAUCCUUAUAUGUAAAGGGAUUGCUCUUGAAAACAUGCUUGCAUGUGCAUACAUAUUACAGUAUAUUAAGUAAUUCAGAUAGAUGAAGAGGAAGUCUAGGCUCUAUAAAAAUAUUGAAGUGACUAGUCUUCAGGAUUUAACAUCAUAAUUUGAUGAGAUAUGAGAUAUUUGGAGGGAUAAUUUAAUGAUUUGCUUCAUCAAGUUUACUUGCUUUCCUAGAAUUACCUAUGAAGUUUAUGUCAUAGUUCACUAUGUUUUGAAAUAAUGUUGCACGUUGCAAUAAAAUCUGAUGUAUGCCUUUUUUGGUUCAAGCAUCUUAUGAUAACUAGUCCUCCUAGCCCUAAAGUAUUCUGUUUUAGUUUUGCUAGUUGAUGUGUGAGCAUGAGUCGUGAUUCAGUGUAACUCUGUAACACACUCAGGCCCAUGUUUCCGAGUAUAAAACAUUAUGCAUAAGAUUGUUUUGUGCAUCAUGUUAUUUAUUGUGUAAUAGUGUGAACACAUCUCUGCAGCUUUCAACAUUAUAAGUCUAGGGCUUUUAUUUAAUAAAAGCAGUAAUAGCAGUAUAAACAGCAAUGAUGAUGAAAAUACAAAGCAAUUGUUGAUUUUUCUGAUCAUGAAAAAAAUAAAAUCUUUAAACUAUA